AUGGGGAGAUCACCUUCCUCCAAUGAGAAUGGCCUCAAGAAGGGUCCGUGGGAUCCAGACGAGGAUCGGAAACUCAUCGAUUUCAUAGAGAAAAAUGGUCAUGGAAAUUGGAGUUCACUUCCAAAGCUUGCAGGACUCAAGAGGUGUGGAAAGAGUUGUCGCCUGAGGUGGACUAACUAUCUCCGUCCCGAUAUAAAGAGAGGAAACUUCGCCGACGAAGAAGAGCAACUCAUCAUCAACCUCCAUCAACUCCAUGGAAAUAAGUGGUCUAGGAUAGCAAGCUAUCUUCCAGGAAGGACCGAUAAUGAAAUCAAGAAUUUUUGGAAUACCCAUCUAAAGAAAAAGCUACUGAACAUGGGUAUUGAUCCAAUUACUCACAGACCAAGAACUGAUCUCAUGAUCAGUCUUCCUCAGCUACUAGCAAUGGCAAACUUCAUGAACACUACUACUAGCCCAUUGACCAAUCUGUGGGACCAGCUCAAUGCUCUCUUCAUGCUACAAUCACCAGCUGAUCAUCAUCAUCAUGAUACCACACAGCUAGCAAGAACCCAAUUGUUACACAACAUACUUCAAGCCCUAGCCAGUACUAGUAGUACUAGUCCACCUCCAACCAUUCAAGCUCUAAAUGACCUUAUAGGUCAUCAACAGCUUUAUGAGUACCUUAGGCCACUCAUGAAUUCUCAACUUGAUCAAGGACCUACUGGUCCUGUCAGUUUUGAUCCUAAUUAUUCAGCUCAAAUUCUUCAAUCGGGGCCAACGAAUUUCCCAAACUUAGAACUACUCCUUGAUCAAUAUCAACAACCCAUGGUUACCUCCAAAUUUGAAGUUUUUACAGGUGAUCAUAACAAUAAUGAUAGUAAUGUCACUACUCCGAUAGGAAAUUCUUCCUUUCCUGCUUUGGUUUCGGCCUCCCCCGAGUCUUACACUGUCAAUCAAAUGCAAAAUAAGAACAAAAUCAACCACCCAACUCAUCAUCUCUCUAACCCCUCAUCAUCUACUUGGACCAACUUUGAAGCUUGGGAAGAACUUUUGGAUGACGAAGCAGCUCAUUCUUACUGGAGAGAUAUUAUAGACCAAGCAUCUUCAACUGCCUCCAUGGCCAAUCUCGACCUAGAAGCUCCUUUCAGUUCGAAUCAGAUUAUGUAA